AUGGCCUCUCUUCCGACGUACAUGGUGAGCCGGAAGUUGUUAGAGAUUAAUUCUAACCAUGGGGUCGCCGAAAAACAUGGAAAGAGAUCGGAGGUUGGCGCUGGCACCAUUCUUCCUUCAGUCGUGACAGAACAACCCAGAGAAUUUAAUGAGCCAAACGCCGAAUCGCCAACUACCAGGACUGCCGAGGUGCAGACCAGGGGUCCGAAAAUCUGCUCGACGGCGGAGACGGAGACAAAGAUUUCGUCGUCGGGGAAAGAAGCGAAGGAAGAUCCGAGGAAGAAUUAA